AUGAGUUCUACUUCUUGUUUUAGACAAGGACUUCCAAAACAUGCCUUGCGGCAUCAUCCACUGCCGGAACCACGGGCUGAGGUGUGCCCAACCACUCCCACGGCUGAAAGCCACCGUGAGAACUCAAGGGAGUCUGAAGUGAAGGAAUCGGAUUACCCUUCUGUUACUCCAGUUGAUGAUAGGAAUUCAUGGUCUCCUAGUGAGAGUUACGCCGAUGCCUCCACCGAAGACAGCUCGGUCUUCUCUUGGGGCUAUGAUGAAUUUGAUAAAGCUGCCACACAACAAGUUGAGCAAAUGUUCAGACAAAUCGAUGAGCUUCUCUAUGAGCAGAAAGAAAAUGUGCAUGUUGAGGGACUGCGGGAAGAAUGCCACCAGUGGACAGCCAACUUUCCUCAUCUCAGGGUUGUGGGGAAGCAGAUAGUGAUGCCCACAGAUGAAGGGUACGGAUGGUAUUCAAGUUCACCUUCUGGCAGUUUACGGUCCUCAGAUGUAAGUUCACCACGAGAAAAAGAUUCUAAUGAAUUUAGUGUUUUUGGCAAGAAGGUACCUCUUUCUGUUACUCCCAUUCACAAAAAGGCUGACCGUUCCAAGUCUCCAACCUUGUGCUCUCCAGAGAGCGAAGAAGGUGAAGAUGGAGUAAUUGUCUCUGAAGGCAUAAUGGAGGAAUAUUUAGCAUUUGACCGCAGAGAUGUGGAGGAGGAGUUGCACGAGAGGAAAAUAGGACUGUCCUCCAGUAGACGGAAACUGGGGUUUCCUCCUGUCUCUCCGUAUUCCUGCAUGAAGGAUUCUGUGCUCACGUUUGUGUUUGAUGAUGUGUGGGGUGAAGUCCUGGGCUGCAUGGAAGAAUUAAUCUGCAGACACUGGGAAGGGUCAGCCUCUGAUGAUGAGAAAAAUAUCAUAACAGUAGAAACAAUCAGAGCAGAUGCCGAAAGCCCUUUGCAGUUUGAUCCUCUGCCAGUGUCGUUACCUCGUGUGCCACAAGCUAAAAUGCCCUCAGUGACAUCAAAUCUGUGCCCAAAACCCAGAUGUGGCCGCAAAAACAAAAAGAGGAGAAAAACACCUCAAGUAAAUGUCUCUCAAGGGUCAAGUAGCAGCUCUCAACGUAAUCUAAAUGGCUUGAUGGUGAUACAUGGGAUCCAGUUACAGCAAAGGAAUCUGCCUGUAAUGGAGAAAACACUGGACCUGGAUGACAAACGGCCAGGCUCCAGCUCCAUCCUCUCUUCCAGAGUGUGGCCAAAUCGUGCUCUAGAGCUCAGUACAUCAUCCUUGUCACGUUCCACAAGAAGGCGAAACCCACCACCACGUACCCUGCAUCCCAUCAACACAAGCCACUCUCGUACUGGGACCCCAGGGUCUGUGGACGAUGUCUUCAGGGGAACUCGACUUCUGACUGCACAUGAGCAGCUGACCUCACCCUCCCCACUGCCACUAAGCCGAAAUAACCUCCUACCACCUAUCAGUACCACCACUGUGGCAGAGCACGUGAGCACUGGAGGCUCCCAGAGGCAAACGAAAUCUCGAGGGAACUCAAGUCGAGCUCACAGUGUAACAACACAAGAAGAUACCCACCAGCAGCUACAGGAGCGGCUUUUGUUACCUGAUCAUUUCUCCAAGCCUAACAGAGCCAGCACAUUCUUGCCAGAUCCACAGCACCGCCGUUCUUGCACUGUUAUUGAUUAUAGUAACCAAUCUUGGACAAGCAAAGGAUCGUCAGGUUCAGGUCUUCAGCUGCAUGGUUCUGUGAAAGCCCACCAUCGAAGUGGAUCAGUCACAAAAAGCAAACAGGGGUUCUGA